AUGGCAACCCGAGUGUCGUUCGUCGUUGUUCUGCUGGUGGUGGCUGUCGUUGGAUUUUCUCGCCCAGCGGCGGCGGCUGUGAAACCGUACUGCCGCUUCUCCGGGAAACUCGUGGUGAACAAUCUCGUGACUGGGCUCACGAAGGCUGGGAACUAUUCCACCUUAGUCUCCGCGCUCAAGAAAACAGGUCUUAACAAGGACCUGAAGGACCUAAUCAACUGCUACGAGGCGACGUUCUUCGCGCCGAACGACGACGCGUUCGCGGCGCUCCCGGACCACGCGAAGAACGCGACUUCGAAUGCCAAGGUUCUGCGCGAGGUGCUGCUGCUGCACGUGGUGCAGAAGAAAAUGCCUGCCGCCGCGUUCAAGGCCCUCCCUCAGGACAAGCAGUUCAAGGCGGCAUCCGACGGGUGCAAGGCUCGCCUGGUGAAGGUCUCAGCUGCCGGCGCCGACCCGGUCCAGCUGCAGGCCCUGUACGGCCCGGAGGAAGCUUCCGUAGUGGCUCCUGACGUCAUCUCGCUGCGAGUGAUGCAGGUGCACGGGGUGGACACGGUAAUUCUGCCCCAGAGCCUGAAGGCGGGCGAUAAGGACUCCCUCAAGCCCACCGUGUGCUUCCCCUGGCGCGCGUAG